UAUUCUUCUGGCCAUGGCAUUGGCACUGGAGCUGGUACUGGUGCAUACCACGUCCCCAGCCGCCACAAAUGGGUGCUCCUCCUUCAUAUACAUACUGCCCACCUACUGAGAUAAAGCUCAAGACUACAUACUAUGCCCCUAGAGGUGCAAAAACAUCAGCGGUUACCUGGACAGAGCCACCAAGAAGUGGGACAAGUAUAACAAGUUCAUUGACGUGUUGCGGUGGAUUUUCUAGCGGUCAAUCUUUCACUGGAUCUGUCGACGGAACCACAUAUUAUAUGACGUACACAGUGAAAGAUAAUUACGGAAGAAAGGACACAUGCGGUUUUUCGUUUACGGUGUUCUACCAUGCAUGCAUGGAGCCUACGCCAUCGUUUACUCGAAUCAAGCAUACAUGUACUAACGGUCUUCUGUAUGGAAGCGAGUGCACGUUUCAAUGCAAAGAAGGCUACAUGAUUCCAAGUGGUAUGUCCCAUACUGCCACAUGCGAGAUAACCAACGGGAAUUCCACACAAUGGACAACACUACCGGAAUGUCAAAAGAUUAAAUGCCAGACGCCUUCAACUCCUGAUAACGGACAAAUUACUUGUUCAAAUUCGAUACACGAGUUUGGAACCAUGUGCUUCUCUUCAUGCAAUAACGGGUACCGCCUCUCAGUCCCUCCUUUUUCGUACUGUAAGUCUGACGGGCUCUGGAGUGGGACUUCAGAUAAUGUGACAUGCAAAGACGCUGAACCACCUGAGAUAAAGUGUUCAAGUCACGUGAUUUACGCUGAGAGUGGUAAGUCCACUGCCCGGGUGUAUUGGACUGAGCCAGUGGUGAUCGAUAACCUCGAACGUUCAUUGAAGGCAGAAAAGCGCUCUACUAUCAACCAGGGAGAUUCAUUACCGGAAGGAACGUAUCAUAUUGCUUACCAAGCGACUGACUCUGCGGGCAAUUCUCACCUCAAUCUGUCGCAAUGCAGUGUGUUCAUUCAAGUUCAAGUUAUAAAAUGCGCAUCUGUUCCUACGCAUGGCUUGAACGACACACGUUACAUGCGAUACAACUGCUCCAACACAAUGUACUCGAACGGGGUACAGUGUAAGGUAUUUUGCGACCUUAAUCUUGACUUGAACGGAUCGGACACGCUGACUUGCAUGAGAGAUGAAAGAACUGGAAUGGGUGUCUGGAAAUGGAGUGGAUCAAUAGAACCACACUGUAAUGUGCCAAGGUGGGGCGAUAUGGUUUUACCAUGUGAGCUUAUUUACGAUGGAGAAUGUGAAACGGACAACACCAAAGAAACUAUCAAGAAUGCAGUCUUGAAAUAUCUCAACGAUACUAAGAAGGCAAUAGACGACUCCAUAUGCCCUGGUAAAAACUGCAGAGCAGAAAAUGUCAAGGUCGAGUGUGAGUCUAGAAAACGGCGCGAGGAAGACAUAGGACAUGAACUCACAAAACGACAGACCUCUUAUGUCCAAGUCACAUUUGAAAUAGCGACCCAAUUUGACCUUACGAAUUCGACAGAAAGCCUAGCAUAUAAUGAAUUGUUUCCUUUGCUGACAGCCGUUGGUAACAGGAUAAAAGCAGACGUUGGUGAAGGUAAACUCGAUGUCGCCGGUUUUACAAUAGCAAAAGAUGGCUUUCAAACAAGUAGCGUUCCGAACCUGAAAUGCCCAUCAGCGUUGAAAAAGGAUGGCUUUAAAUGCAAGCCAUGCCCCAAAGGAACCUACAUGAACUCGACUACAGGUAACUGUGAACUGUGCAACAUCGGUGAAUAUAAUGAAGAGGACGGGAGAGCCGAAUGUGACCUUUGUCCUGCAAAUCAUAGCACACUGAAUUAUGGUUCUAAACACCAGGCAGACUGCAUACCAUUGUGCGACAAAGGUUUCGUGUCUGAUACAACCAUGGUUCCUUGUUACCCGUGCCCACUGGGUAGUUAUCAGUCAAAGCCCGGAGCUUCUGUUUGCAUAAAAUGCCCCGUUGGACACACAACGCCAUCGACGAAUAGCACAUCCGGAACUCAAUGCAAAGUUUUUGAUCUUGAGGUCAACAAUCUGAACGGAAAUCAUUUGAUUGGAAAGUUCAACAGCGAUGUCACUCUCUCGAUAAUGUCCGUUUCCCUUUGGACAAAAAGGGAUGGCGAUGAGACAGGCGAGCUUAUUAUAAAAGUUGGAGACGCUUCAGAUAAUAUCAUUGCAAUUAGACUAACAGAGACAAUAACGGUGGAAAGCGGGUAA